AUGGCUUCCACGGCGAACCAACAGCAAAACUUCCCUGCUGUACCUCCACAUCUGUCCGCUGGCGAUUAUGAGAUGCGAGACAGCUACCCAACUCAAGAAUCACCACGACCUCCGUUAAACCAAACACCAUACCUCAAACCAUACCUCGGCCUUCGAGCUAGGCUCUCGCAGAUAUGGAUCAACCGCUGGACCAUUCUUCUACUCCUCGUUCUCAUCCGCCUCCUCUUCGCCAUCGCGAGCACUGACUCAAGCCUUGCGUCAGCUCGUAGAGAGGCACUCAGCGCGUGCACCCAAGUCGAAAAUAUGGGCAGUUCCAUGGCUUCCAUGCCCCACUUCAUGGCCGAUGGCAUCAACGAGAUGACCGCGGCCGGCGUCGAAAAAGCAGUCAACGGACUCAUGCAGAUGAUGGAACUCAGUGUCACCGGAGUGGAAGAGAUUGUUAUCUUCGUCAUUCACAUGAUGACGAGCACAUACCUCUGCCUCAUCACUCUUGCCGUUAGUGGCAGUCUUCAUGCUGCAGUCGAGAUCGGAGAAGCUAUCUCAAAAAAUCUGAACGAGACUGUUGAAGACGUCACUAACGGCAUUGGUGAUGCCACCAAGAAAGUCACUGAUGGCAUCAACGGCCUCAUCGACAAGAUCAACUUUCCAUUUGGACCUUCGUUUGAGAAGCCGUCAAUCAAUUUGGACGAUCAAAUCAACAAGCUCAAAGCCCUUGAAACUCCUCCCGAGAUGCAAGAAGGCCUUCAGAAGCUCAACGAGUCCAUUCCGACCUUCCAAGACGUGCAGAACUUCACCGACAACCUGAUCCGACUCCCGUUCGAAGAGGUCAAGAAGCUAAUCCAGGGCAUGAAUAACUUUACUUUUGACCGAGAUCUUCUUCCCGUACCACAGAAAGAGCAGCUCGACUUCUGCUCUGACGGCAAUUCCAUCGGCAAGUUCUUUGAUGACCUUGUUGUGCUGGUUUACUCGGCCAAGAAGAUCGCUCUCGGUGUUCUCAUCGCCCUGGCUGUACUUGCUAUUGUCCCUAUGGCCUACAUGGAAAUCCGCCGGCACCGUCGCAUGCAAGAGCGCGCCCAGCUCUUCCACGAUGUCGCCUACGAGCCGAUGGAUGUUGUUUAUCUCGCCUCUCGCCCGACUUCCUCUACAAUUGGUCUGUGGUUUGGCCGCCGCUUCGGCUCCGCCCGUCGCCAAGCAGUUGCGCGAUGGGCGUGGGCUUACGCAACUUCUGUUCCGAUGCUGUUCCUACUGUCACUAGCUAUCGCAGGAUUCUUCUCUUGCUUCUGUCAAUAUCUGCUAGUCAGGGGCAUGCAACAGAAGGUUCCAGAACUCACAGACCAAGUUGCCGGGUUCGCUGAGAAGGUUGUCGAUUCGUUGAACAACGCCUCGAUGUCAUGGGCCGGCGGCGUCAAUGGAGCCGUUGAGCAGCUUGACUCCACGAUCAACGAUGACAUGCUUGGCUGGGUGAACACUACCACGACUGCAAUCAACGGCACUCUUAAUGGCUUCGUCGACAAGAUGUCCAGUGUUCUCAAUGACACAUUCGGUGGCACGGUUCUCUAUGAUCCGAUCAAGGAAGUGCUUAACUGUCUUAUCGGCCUCAAGAUCGCCGGUGUCCAGAAUGGGCUUACCUGGGUCCAAGAACACGCCCACGUCAGUUUCCCUGGGGUGAGGAACGAUACGAUGUCCCUCGGAGCGCUUGCCAAGGUGAGCAAUUCGAGCUCUGCUGCGGAACUCCUUGCCAAUCCCAACGGCAAAGCAAGGGACGAAGUUACCGAAGCUGUCAACUACGUCGUCGAGAAGCUCCUCAGCGGCAUCCGGACCGAGGCCCUCAUCUCAACUGCCCUUCUUCUCAUCUGGCUUGCCAUCGCGCUCGGCGGUCUCGUCUACGCUGCUACUCAUAUGGCGCGUCGCGAUACCCCAACAGGCACAGCCUAUGUUAUUGACCCGGCCUCUGACAAUGCUCCCCAGAACCGCGACUAUCCUGCGGACGCAGCGCCACCAUACGAGUACCCCGUCAACAAGGCUGCACCGUACACUCUGCAGCCCCGACCUUUCCAAGUCUUCAGCCCUAACCCUGAAUCUGAGAAGGUCGGUCAAGUGGAAACUCAUACCGUCAACGAUUCCGCCCGCCCCGGCCAUCUGCGCACUAGUAGCUAUGGACAAUUUGCCGACCCAUCCCCUCUCGACGAAAAGCGCAACCCCUUCGCUGAUUCACAACGACGUGAGAAGAAUCCGUUCUCCGACCAUUGA